CGGAUCUUGACAUCACCACUUUCAAUUCUACCGAAUCAAAGCCAAAAUGUCUUGGCCUCCACCAUUUCAGUUUUGGCUCAAAGCACGUUGCGUUACCAUCAUGAGACCUUGGCUAACUUAAGGAGAAAACUUAACUAUGGGUAGGGGACGUCACAGUUCCCAGGUUCACUGUCUGGAAGACUUUUGCUGCAUCUGCACGUCUCUUGGUGUGCUCUUUCGUCUAUGAUCCUAUCCAAAACCCAUGAUUUUGGUGGUUAAACGACCAAUGUAUCUGUCUGCUAUCGAGGUAGCAAACGGUGCCAGUGUUUGAAAUGACUGAACAAGUCGACAAUGACAAGCAGGGCGAAGUACCCCCGUACCCCUCCCGGCAGGAUGAGAUAGAGGUUAUACAGGAACACUUCGAGAGCUCUGGGUCAGAUAAAGAUGAAAGCUCUGCGUUCGAGCAUAUUCCAGCAGAAAACAAAGCUGAAUUGGCUCGCAUUGCUUCCAACUUCCCUAGACGCUAUGGCACCAAUUCUGGCGCCAGUGGACAAGGCAUCCAACGCAAAGACACCCUUGAAGACAUUGAGCUUGGCGAUCCGGUUAUCGACCCUACAAGUGAUCAGUUCGAUCAACACAAAUGGGUUCGAAUGAUGUUAAAGCUCCUGGACAGGGAAGGACUUCCGCGGCCUCCAUCAACAGGCAUCGUCUUUCAGAAUCUUAAUGUCUCGGGGUCUGGAUCGGCAUUACAAUAUCAAAACAACGUCGGCUCGGUCUUGUUGGCACCCUUUCGGCCACAAGAGUAUUUGCCGUGUGUUCAACGGACGCCAGAAAAACAAAUCCUGCGCAACUUUGAUGGUCUCCUCAAGUCCGGCGAGUUACUCAUUGUGCUGGGUCGACCUGGCAGCGGUUGCUCGACUCUCCUCAAAACUCUCACUGGAGAACUACAUGGCUUGAAGUUGCGGAAAAGUUCUGAGAUUCAAUACAAUGGGAUAUCCAUGGAACGAAUGCACCGGGAGUUUAAAGGAGAGGUUCUUUACAACCAGGAAGUUGACAAGCAUUUCCCUCACUUGACAGUUGGACAAACCUUGGAGUUUGCAGCGGCAGCAAGGACUCCAGAACAUCGAUUACUCGGGAUCGGUCGAGAAAAGUUUGCCAAACACAUCACGCAAGUGGCAAUGUCCAUAUUUGGUCUUUCUCACACAUAUAACACUAAGGUUGGUGAUGAUUAUAUCAGAGGUGUUUCGGGUGGUGAAAGAAAAAGAGUCAGUAUUGCUGAAAUGGCGCUCUCCGGCGCUCCGCUUGGAGCAUGGGAUAAUAGCACCAGGGGUCUUGACUCUGCCAGCGCUCUAGAGUUUGUUCGGGCAUUGAGAGUCUCUUCCAAUCUGGUUGGUACUUCUCAUGCCGUUGCAAUCUAUCAAGCAUCGCAAGCCAUCUACGAUGUUUUCGACAAAGUGGUCGUGCUCUACGAAGGACGCGAGAUAUUCUUUGGUCCCUGCAGUCAAGCACGGGAAUAUUUCGUUAACAUGGGCUGGGAAGCCCCCGCGCGCCAAACGACUGGAGACUUCUUGACAUCCGUAACUAAUAGUCAAGAACGUCAAGUUCGUGAGGGGAUGGAAAACAAAGUCCCCCGCACUCCAGAAGAGUUUGAGAGAUAUUGGCAGAAUAGUGCACAGUAUGCCAAUCUUCAAAAAGAAAUAUCCCGUCAUCAAAAAGAGUUUCCACCAGGAGGAAGCUCGGAGAAAGUUUUCAGUGAGAUGAAGCAAAUGAAACAGGCAAAACAUGUUCGCCCAAAGAGCCCGUACAUCAUCUCCAUCCCGAUGCAGGUCAAGCUCUGUACGAUUAGGGCUUACCAAAGGAUAUGGAACGAUAAGCCUUCUACGCUGACAACGGUAAUUGGAAGAAUCGUGAUGUCUCUGAUCAUUGGUUCUAUUUAUUAUGGAACGCCAAAUGCUUCAGCAGGCUUUCAAAGCAAAGGGGCUGCACUCUUCUUCUCUGUCCUGAUGAAUGCUCUCAUCAGUAUCACCGAGAUCAACUCUCUCUACGAUCAACGGCCUAUUAUUGAAAAACAGGCGUCGUAUGCCCUUGUGCAUCCAUUUGCAGAAGCCUUUGGUGGUAUUGUAUCCGAUAUCCCGGUGAAAAUCGUUUCGGCCGUGGUAUUCAAUAUAAUCUUCUAUUUUUUGGCCGGUCUACGAUAUGAACCAUCCCAGUUCUUCAUUUUCUUCCUAUUCACAUUCCUCAGCACACUUGCCAUGUCCGGUGUUUUCCGGACCCUUGCUGCGUCAACCAAAACACUCGCACAAGCAAUGUCAAUGGCAGGAGUGAUUGUGCUGGCUAUUGUCAUCUAUACAGGUUUCGUGAUUCCCGCGCCACAAAUGAGCUCAAUCCCAUGGUUUAGUUGGAUCCGCUGGAUUAACCCCGUCUUCUAUACAUUUGAAGCAUUAAUCGCCAACGAAUUUCAUGGUCGACGCUUUAUCUGUUCUCAGUUUGUGCCAGCAUAUCCAAGUGUGAGUGGUGACUCUUUCAUCUGCUCCGUUCGGGGUGCUGUGGCAGGGGAAAGGACUGUCUCUGGGGACGCAUAUAUCGAGACCCAAUAUUCCUACUCAUAUGCACACGAGUGGAGAAACCUGGGAAUUCUGAUCGGUUUCUGGAUCUUUUUCAUCUCGCUGUAUCUGAUAGCAUCGGAGCUCAACUCCUCCACUUCGUCAAAGGCAGAGUUCCUGGUAUUCCGUCGGGGCCAUGUGCCACCUCAUCUGCGCAAUAUCUAUAAAAAGAAAGCAGGCGAUGAGUCUUCAGAAGCUGCGGUAACCCGGAAGAAUUCUCAAUCUGAAAAGGAUACCUCAGCGAUCCCCACGCAGCAUGGCAUAUUUACAUGGAGAAACGUUUGCUACGACAUUCCUGUAAAAGGAGGCCAGCGCCGACUUUUGGAUAAUGUCUCUGGCUGGGUUAAGCCCGGUACCCUUACAGCACUGAUGGGUGUUUCUGGCGCAGGAAAAACAACACUUCUAGAUGUUCUCGCGAAAAGAGUCUCCAUUGGUGUCGUUACGGGUGAUAUGUUUGUCGAUGGCAAAGCCCUUGACAGCAGUUUCCAGCGGAAGACGGGCUAUGUUCAACAGCAAGACCUUCAUCUUUCUACAACGACUGUCAGGGAAGCGCUGCGGUUUAGUGCCGUCCUACGCCAGCCAAAGUCAGUUUCAAAGAAAGAAAAAUACGAAUAUGUCGAGGAUGUUAUAGACAUGCUCAGUAUGCAAGACUUUGCUGAUGCCAUUGUUGGAACACCGGGUGAAGGUUUGAAUGUUGAACAGAGGAAGCUACUGACCAUUGGGGUUGAGCUGGCUGCAAAGCCUGCAUUGUUGAUCUUUCUUGAUGAGCCAACAAGUGGACUAGACUCACAGAGUUCCUGGGCCAUUUGUUCUUUCUUACGUAAACUAUCGGAUCACGGACAGGCUGUUCUCUCUACAAUCCAUCAACCUAGCGCGCUGCUAUUCCAGCAAUUUGACCGUCUACUAUUUCUGGCUAAAGGGGGUAAGACUGUCUACUUCGGCGAUAUAGGGGACCAGUCUCGGGCACUACUUGAUUACUUCGAGGGGAAUGGAGCAAGGGUCUGUGGCUCAUCGGAAAAUCCGGCCGAAUAUAUGCUUGAAAUCAUUGGGGCUGGUGCUUCUGGAAAGGCUACCCAAGACUGGCCAUCCGUUUGGAAUGAAAGCCAGCAAGCCAAAGAUGUACAAACGGAACUUGAUAGAAUCCAUGAAGAAAGAGGCUCAGCAACAGACAACGGCGACGAUGAUACCCAGCAUGGAGAAUACGCAAUGCCCUUUUCCCAUCAGCUAUGGUACGUGACCCACCGGGUCUUCCAACAAUACUGGCGUGAGCCAUCCUAUGUAUGGGCCAAGAUAUUUUUGGGUACCCUAUCAUCUCUAUUCAUCGGUUUUACCUUCUUCAAGCCCGAUAGUUCUCAGCAGGGGUUCCAAGAUGUCUUGUUCAGCGCUUUCAUGAUGACAUCGAUAUUCUCAACAUUGGUGCAGCAAAUCAUGCCCAAGUUUGUUGUCCAACGCUCUCUGUACGAGGUUCGAGAAAGACCAUCGAAAGCAUACUCCUGGGCAGCCUUCCUGGUCGCCAACGUCAUGGUCGAGAUACCAUACCAGGUUAUAGUCGGAGUCAUCGCCUGGGCCUGUUACUACUACCCAACCUACGGAGCCAAUCAAUCCUCCCAACGACAGGGGCUCAUGUUACUCUUCAUCGUACAGUUCUACAUCUUCACCUCUACCUUCGCCUCCCUGGUGAUCUCCGCCCUACCCGAUGCCGAAACCGGUGGCACCAUCGCCACCCUCAUGUUCAUCAUGGCCCUAACCUUCAACGGCGUCAUGCAGCCACCCAACGCCCUUCCGGGAUUCUGGAUCUUUAUGUACCGCGUCUCCCCAUUGACUUAUCUAAUCGCAGGAAUCACAGGCACAGGGUUACACGGCCGGGAAAUCCAUUGCGCAGACGCCGAACUGAGCGUAUUCAACCCUCCAUCCGGCUUAACCUGUGGAGAUUACCUAGGUCCAUACCUCCAGGUUGCCCCAGGAAGACUGUACAACCCAGACGCAACCCAGGGCUGCCAGUACUGCCAAUUCCGAACCGCCGACCAAUACCUGUCCAUCAGUAACAUCUUUUACAGUGAGCGGUGGCGGAACUUUGGGCUCGGGUGGGCCUAUAUCGGUUUCAAUGUGAUGGGGACGGUCUUGCUGUAUUACCUCUUCAGAGUCAAGCACUACAACCCUACGUCAUUGGUGCGAGGUGUCAAGGAGUGUGCCGUGUUUGUCUGUAGGGUUUUCAAGAGGAGGUCAGGGAAGACGCCCAAGGGGAGGGAAGCUGAUAAUGGUAGAUUGUAUUAGAGGUUGGGUUGUUGAGCAGAUAUAUAUUUGCGUUGGAUACUAGUAUGGACUUUGAACGAGCUAUUUUUUUUUUAAAAAAAAAAUUUAUUCAAUACGGAAG